AUGUCUUUUUUUUGUUUUCAUUCCUUCUUUUUUCUUUUUCUCUCCUUUUACACAAUAACAUUUCUUCUUCCCUUCUUCUUCUUCUUCUUCUUUUAUUGCUGCUGUUUCAAAUGUCUUUUUGUGUUCUUUAUCCUCUUUUGUGCUUUUCUCUCCUCCUCACAAAAUUUUCAGUCCUUCUUCUGUCUUCUUCUUCUUCUUCUUUUAUUUUCUUCCUGUUUUUGCUGUUCUUUUAUUGUUUCUUUUCCUCUCUUUUUCUUUUUCUCUCUUCCUCACAAAAAAAACUCUUUUCUUCUUCUUCUUCUUCUUCUUCUUCUUUUUGAUUGCUGCUGUUUCAUGUCUUUUUGUUCACUAACUUUUCAGUCUCUUUUUCUUUUUUUAUUCUUCUUUUUUAAAACAUUCUUCAGUCUUCUUCUUCACUUUUUCUUCUUUUCUCUUUCCUCACACUUUAAAUUUUUUCAUCUUUUUAUCUUCUUCUCUUUAAAAUUUUCUUCUUCCUCUUCUUUUUCAGUCCCUUCUUCUUCUUCUUCUUCUUCUUCUUUUUAUUUAAUAACAUUUUCAUGUCCCCCUGAAUUCUUCCUCUCUUUUAUUUUUCUCUCCUUCUCCUCAACUUUAAUUUUCUUCUUCUUCUUCUUCUUCUUUUUUAUUGCUUCUUCUUUUUUUAACUUUUAUUGUUUCUUCCUCUCUUUUUUGUCUUUUCUACUUCCUUCUUCUAAAGGGGAAUACUUCUUCUUCUUCUUCUUCUUCUUUUUGCUGUUCUUCUUCUUUUUGUUGUUUCUAUUCCUCUCUUUUUCUUUUUCUUCCCUUGAAGCUUCUUCUUCUUUCUUUUUCUUUUAA